AUGGUUGCUUUGCAUGGGGGUAAGGCACCCAUUGGAAUAUUGACAGACCAAGAUGCUGCCAUGAGGAAGGCCCUUCGCAAUGCUAUGCCGGAGUCUGUACACCGGUGGUGCAUUUGGCACAUCAUGAUGAAAUUUGGGAAGAAGCUUGGUUCAUAUGGUAAUUACAAAGAUUUGAAGGAAGCGUUGACGAAAGCCAUAUACGAGAGUGUAAGUCCAGAAGUUUUUGAGAGGAGUUGGGUUUGUGCCAUAGAGAAGUAUGAGCUUGGUGAUGAUGAAUGGCUUCAAGGUUUGUUUCGGGAAAGAGAUAUGUGGGUUCCUGCUUACAUGAGGCAUCUAUUUUGGGCGGGAAUGAAGACAACCCAAAGGUGUGAGAGCAUCAACAGUUUUUUUGAUGGUUAUGUUCACAAAACCACAAAAUUAUGCGAGUUUGCUGAGCAAUAUUGCAACGCGAUGGAAUCUAGAGCAAAUGCGGAGAGGGAAGCUGAUGCAAAUAGUUCAAGGUAUCUCCGUGUUGCUGUGACAACUUUCAAGACGGAGAUUGUGUUUCAAAAGUUGUACACGGAUGCUAAAUUUAGGGAGAUACAAAAUGAAUGUAUGAAGGUGUUAUACCUUGAAUGGACUGGUAAGCAGGAUGUUGGACAGGAUUUGGUUGAACAUACGUAUGAGGAUAGGGUUUGGGUGGUUAGCAAGGACACUAAAAAGGAGGUGCCUCUUGAUAGGAAUUGUGAAUAUGUAGUUCUUAUAGACAUGGAGACGACCGAAGCUAAGUGUGAAUGCAAGUUGUUUGAGUCUGCGGGAAUCUUAUGUAGGCAUAUAAUAUCGUUAUAUAAUAAGUUGAAAAUUAAGGAGAUACCUGAAAAGUACAUACUACGUCGAUGGCGGAAAGAUGUAUUCCGGAAGCAUACAAUGGUGAAGGUAGCUUAUCACGACCCCUCAAAGACGGAUGAAGUGCAGAACUAUGAUAGAAUGAUGCAUGUUUUUGACCCAAUCUGCUUGAAGGCAGCCAACUAUGGUGAUGUUCACACUGUGUUAGAGACGCUCCAAGUACUCAACAUACGCCUAGAUGAACGGCAUUCCAUGAAGAUUGCUGGUAUGAGCCUGAAAGAUUGCACUCCUACUUCUGUUGGUAACACAGUGGGUGCAGUUGGCAAAUGGUUCUGUAGGAGUUGGCAGCUGCAAUAG